CAAAAGGUCUCUAUCCACAAUGACCAAACCUCUACUCCUCCACGCCCACGCCACGGGCCCCAACCCCAUCAAGAUCGCAAUCGCUCUCGAAGCCCUUAAAGUUCCCUACGACGUCCAACAGUGGGAGUUUGGCGACGACCCCAAAAAGGGCGUCAAAGGCGAGGCAUACUUGAAGAUCAACGAGAAUGGUCGACUUCCCUCCCUUCAAGACCCGAACACGGGCGUCGUGGCCUGGGAAUCCGGCGCAUGCAUGAACUAUAUCCGCCGAGUGUAUGACCGCGAAGGGAAGCUAGGUCCUGCCGGGAAGGAAGAGCAGGAUAUUGUCGACUUGGAGAAAUGGGAGUAUUUCCUACUCACUAAUUUGGCGCCGAUGUUGGGCCAGGUUAAUUGGUUCAGGAACUACCAUGAGGUGAAGAACCAGGAUGCGCUGGAUAGAUAUUCAGCGCAGGUCUAUCGCUGCUUCAGGGUGUUGGAGGGGCAGUUGAAGAAGUCGAACGGAGAGAGUAUUCUGCCCGAAAAGAUUACCGCCUAUACUUUUGGGGGUCUGUAUUUGGAUUCCUACCCCCUUCUUCAGCGUUGGCUGGCUGGGAUGGCUAAGCUGGAGGAGGUGAAGAGAGGGUAUGUGAAGGUUAAGGGACAGGGCCCGGAGUAG